AUGGAUAUGGAUGAUGACCCUGAUCCGGAGAUGCCGCCAAGUGGGACGUCGACGCAUCCCAUAGAGAUUUCAGACGGAUCGUCCUUUCACGAUUCACCUUACCGAGGCCCAGACAGCUAUGAAACAAGGUUUGCCUCGUACCCUUGGGAGUUCACUCCCCCUUUUAACCCAGCACCUCCACUGCAACAACAGGAUCCCUCCGAGGAUUCUCGAUUCCAGGCGGUUACGCCACCGCCACCACCGCCACCAGAGCGGCAGCCGCCCCCGGAGCCAUUGAGGCGGAGAAGAUCAGGAGCAUGGAUGUUCGUGCGAGGGGGAUUCCACUUCAGCACCCCUCAACACUCCAGUGGCAGCCACUACCCGCCACUAUACGAAGACCAGCAGAUGGGUGGGCCUUCGAACCCAGUUUCAGAGGUGGAAUCUGCGCCAGUCGCACCACCACCAUCCCACAUGGGUUAUGAUAACCCGAUUCCUUCAUACGCCAGUGCAGCGACGUAUAACCCUUUUGAGCAGCCAACCCAUACUAACUACAACUACGCCGAAGUUGACCCAUACCUUGUAGCGGCAAACUACAAUGCUCUUCAUCCUGAGGGGCCCUAUGGAGUCCCAUAUGAGACUGGGUACCCGGCCUAUGGGUACCAAUACCCGCCACCUCCUCAACCUCCGCAGCAUCAGCAGCCGCAGCCGCCGUAG